AUGAUUCACCGCCCAACCUUCGCUGCUGCCGAAAAGAUAUCAUCUCGACUACUAUUUACCAUGAUCGUAUCCGGCUCUAUUUAUAACAAUGCUGAAGACUUUUCCGACAUAACACCCGAGGGGUUCGACACUUUAGAAUCUAUCGUUUUUGAGCAUAAAGAAUUUGAACUCAUGGUCAAUGGGGAUCACGAUUGUGGCUUGAAGGCCUGCGAUAUGCACAUCGAGCUUUCGAAUGCAGCUGCUAUUGUCAAUAUCUCCAACUAG